AUGUUUAUAGCAGAAUAUCUUGUGGGUUUUAGUAUGUUGGGUAUGUUAGUGAGUUAUGAUGAUAGAGUUCUAAAACAGUUUCAUACAAUUUGCAGGAUAGAUCCAGGGAAUAGUAGUGCACAUACUGGAGAGGAUGAUGCAGGGCCUUCAAGUAUGGGUGGCAGAGAUCCUGAUGUUGUACUACGUAGCGUCACUCAGCAGGUGAUGACAAAGAUGGCUAGAGGUUCAGAGGAGUGGAGCUGCAUGAUUGAGCAGUUGACGCGUAUAAAACCCCCAUCAUUCUCAAGAGGAGCUAGCCCACUCAUGGCUGAGAACUGGGUCCAAGAUAUAGAGGAUAUGUUGGCAGUUCUCCCAUGUACAGAUGAGCAGAAAGUACUGUUUGCGACAUAUAAGUUGACAAGGGAGGCAAAGCAAUGGUGGAGAUUAGUGAGACUGUUGGAGAAGCAGAAACCUGACCCUGUAGCGGAGACGUGGAGCCACUUUAGGGAGAUCUUUUUCAAGAGAUACUUCCCUGCUACUAUCAGGAGUGUGAAGGCAGCAGUGUUUCUGCACUUGACGCAUGGACCGAUGGCAGUAUAG